AGAGCGUCCUCGUUCUCGAUUGGUCAGUCUCGGGGAUUGAUCCAAGAGCGACCCCAAACAAAUCGAAUUUCCUUUCAAAGAACCGAUCGUUUGGGGUACAGUGUCAACAUAAACUGGUAUAGACCUACAAAUGAGAGGCAUAACUGCCAACCCUUUGAAAGGUUUUAUUGUAUUUAGAACAGGGGCUGGCAAAGGCAUCGCAACAAUCUCUUAUGGAAUAUACAUUUUCUUGCUUUGUGACAUCGAGGAAACGAAGUAGCGUCAUCUGUGGAGCAAAGUUUAAUAAGUUCAUUUUCCCAACAGGCAGAGGCACUUCGUACGCUUUUAUUGAAUAUAAGCUCAGAUGACAAGAGUACACUGUUGUGUGUGUUUCAAGCGAGGGGACCUGUUGUGUUGACCAUCACAGCUGUUUUGAACUAUUUAUCUAAUGCCCUGGAUGUGGACGCAAUUGAAUUGAGUUCGUUAUUAUUUGGGUUGGUCGUUGUCCGUCGUGGUCGUGAUACAUAUCAUCAUCUUGUUCGGCGCUCUUAUAGGAACCUUGUGCCGGGGUAUGUGAACCGAGUAAGUGAUCGUGAACGUUUGAAUCAUCAUUAGCAUUAACGUCGAAUCGAUCAUUUUUCGAAUUGUUUGAAUGAUUAUUGAUUAACCAUUCCGAUUCCAUCCUCUUCUUGGAACACUUAGUGAAUUAUUGCGCAUUGAUUACGACCGUUUUAGUCGCUCGUCACCAUCGAAUCUACUUUCGACAUAAUAAGCUCAUUUCCCUUAACACCGUAGUCAUCGACCACCAGAACGAUGUCGUCGGUGAGCUCUGACAAGACCUUCUCCGCGGCCGACUAUGUCAUCUUCUCCGGCAUGCUCGUCAUCUCCGCCGGCAUCGGCGUCUACCACGCCUUGACCGGCGGGCGUCAGCGGACGACCAGGGAAUUCCUGAUGGCCGAUCGGUCGAUGAAUCCCAUCCCCGUCGCCUUCUCGCUCGUCGCCAGCUUCAUCUCGGCCAUCACCUUCCUCGGGACCCCUGCCGAGAACUAUGUGUAUGGAUGCAUGUAUUGGAUGUUUGCCUUUGCCUAUAUUGGGGUGGGGCUCGCGACGGCUUUCUUUUUCCUGCCCAUGUUCUAUAGACUCAACCUGACCAGUACAAAUGAGUACUUGGAAAGACGGUUCAACAGGGUGGUGAGAGUAUGUGGCAUGCUCACAUUUGUUCUUCAGACGGUUAUUUAUAUGGGUAUCGUGAUCUAUGCUCCCGCCUUGGCUUUGAGUGCUGUUACCGGGCUCAAUCUAUGGGGUUCUGUACUCGCUAUCGGAAUAGUGUGCACCUUUUACACGACAAUUGGAGGGAUGAAAGCAGUGCUGUGGACCGAUGUAUUCCAAGUGAUCGUCAUGAUGAUCGGAUUCUUAGCUAUCGUAAUCGAGACAAGCAGACGACUCGGUGGACUGGGUGAGGCCUGGCGGAUUGCUGACGAAGGAGGGCGGAUUGAUUUCAUUGACUUCAACCCCGAUCCCAAGAUUCGUCACACAUUCUGGUCUGUGGUGGUAGGAGGUACCUUCACAUGGACAGCUGUUUAUGGGGUUAAUCAGAGUCAGGUUCAGAGAUACCUCACCUGUGGGAACGUGCGUGUUGCUCAGAGGGCUGUUCUCUACGCCAUCAUUGGUAUGCUCUUCGUCGUCUGCUUCGCCUGUCUCUCCGGCAUCGUCAUGUACGCUUACUAUGCUGACUGUGACCCUUACACGUCAGGUAAAGUUAGUCAGACUGACCAGCUUGUCCCGUACCUAGUCAUGGAUAUCUUUGGGAACCGCCCAGGGCUACCCGGUCUCCUGGUUUCCGCUGCUUUCAGCGCCGCCCUCAGUACCGUAUCGUCCGGUCUGAACUCGCUCGCUGCUGUGACUGGGGAAGACAUUGUCAAGAGGACAUGGCCAGAUAUGUCAGAAGAAAAAUACACCAAGAUCACCAAAAUGCUUGCUGCAUUUUAUGGAAUUCUGUGCAUUGCUAUGGCCUUUCUGGCAUCAGUUAUGGGCAGCAUUUUGCAGACUGCUCUUAGUAUAUUUGGUAUGAUUGGUGGACCUCUGAUGGGAUUAUUCAGCGCUGGAAUGUUCUUCCCUUGGACUAACUCUAUCGGUGCUUUGACCGGUCUCUUCACCGGACUAUUCGUCUCAUUCUGGAUCAAGAUCGGAUCCCAGAUCUACCCACCGCCCGUGUACAAGCCACCACUAUCGACCGCUGGCUGCCCCGUAGAUAACUUCACUAUGUACAACACUACAGACAUGAUGGGGACCAGCGAAAUGGUCACAUACACGAUGCUCAAUGCAACCACGCCCAUGAUGGAGGAUCCGUACAGACCUCCCAUUGCUGACUUCUACGCCCUCUCGUACUCUUGGUACAGUGCUGUAGCUUGGCUGGUGACAAUUACUGUCGCCCUCAUCGUCAGCUUCAUUACAGGUCGAACCAAACCAGAGGAGUUGGAUCCUAUAUUGUUCUGUAGCGUGAUUGACACCAUGUACUGCUGCCUUCCAGAGAAGAUCAAGCGAGUCUUCAGAUGUGGCAUGGAAAAUUAUCAGCCACCAGAGGACAUUGAAGGCGAGGCGAAUGAUGAGCACAAGUAUACCGCAGUCAAAGGGGGACCUGAUAACGGCGUUCAACUCGAGAACGAGGAGCCCGCCGCCAACGGCAAAGGCCCAAUCGAUGACGACACGAAACUUUAACCUUUGACAUGUCGUCUCAUUAGCAGAGCGUGAUGUGACCAGGCCUUGAUAGACAUGAUAGAUGGACAUAUCAGUGCAUGUGGUUGCUCGUGCAACCUGACUAUCGGAAUAGAAAAUGCCAACGUGCAUUAAAUAAUAUCAGGGUCGCUAUAUGAAAUUUAGAUAUUGCAUUUUAUUCUAUUUCCAGGGUUUCCAAACGAAAGGGAAAUAUUUUAUUAGUGACAGGUACCCUUCUAUUGAAAUACGAGAAGAAAAAGGGUCAUAGUUUUGUUUUCGAAAUGUCCGCAGUGUCAUUUCUUUUACGGUCUGUUAAAGUGAUGGACAAUUUUAAAUCAUAAUAGACUGUCAAUUUUUAUAAGUGAUACGACUUGUAAAUAUUCGCGAUUGUGUGGAAAGGAAAAAUUGUAGCGCCAGCUCCGCAAUGAUUCUUUGAUAAUUUGCACAUUGUCUUUGUUCUGUCCGUUUAGAAAGUAAAAUAUCUAAUCUUUCGUGGUAAAAGUUCUGGUUUUUAUUUAAUGCUUAACCAAUGAAUUUGCACAUAAAAAAGUUCGAUCCACCAUUGGUUCGUUUUGUUCUUAAAACCGACAGUAAUGAUAUUGUUUAAUUAUUGUACGCCCCCAGAUAAUGAAGCAUAUUCUUGAAGAUAAAAUUACAUCUCUUAAAUAGUUGUGCUAUAUCUGUAGAGAUGUAGUGGGAUUUUAUUUUGCAGUGUACGAAUAAUGGAAGAGGAACAAGUCAUAAAAUGGUAGUUUCCCAAUUGUGGAGUGUGUGAUUGCGCUAUUUGAGGUCAGACGCUCGCUUUCUAACUGCCAAAGUUUCAUGACAAUUUCCCAGUCUGUGGGUAAAUCCACACUGAGAAAAAUACCCGAAGUAGUGCCUUUCUGUUUUUACUGUAGUAGUAGUGCCUUUCUGUUUUUUACCAUUCUUAAUGAAUAGAUAUCAGAUCGAAUUAGCGGGAUAAGGUUAUUAGACUGGGAGGUUUUACUCCUCCCCUCUCCCUCUGACUGAUUCGAUUACAUGUAAAUAAUUGUUAUGAUAAACUCGAUAAUGAUGGUGAUGGCGGUGGGGUAGCGGUCGUGGUGAUGAUAAUGAUGGUGAUGAUGGUGAUAACGACGACGAUGUUGAUGACGAUGACCAUAAUUGGGAGUAUUAUGUUUGCGUAGCUGUAGAAGGCCGAAGCCACAAUCGCUCUGAAGCAGACUACCUCACCAAGACAUAUUUUAUGAAGAAUUAUUUGAUAUAUAGGUUAAAAUGAUAUAUUUUAUCAAUUUGUAUCAGGAUGUCUGGAGAUAUUUUAUGAAGUACAUUUUUACGGCUAUUGGCUUCGCACGACUGAUAGAGAAUACUGUAUCUUUUUUCUUUUACUAUCAACGGACAAUAUAUCAAAUUAUGAGAAUCUUGAGAAUAUUGUAAUAAAUUCAUGAAAUUGCAAUGUAAUAUUUACACACCAUACUUCGUGUGCUACCACCGUAUGGCCAUGAGAAGGAUGGUACUGAAUAUUGCACAAACCAGUUAAUAAUACUUUGUCUUUUAAAGUAAAUUGUUGAUAGCUUGUAUUAUGUAUAAUAACUUUACUUAAAUGUUGACAUCGCACAUGUAGUAUUGUAUAUACUGUAUUUGAUUUUUUUAGAUGUAUUAUGUAAAUGAUAAUGAAUGACAGUGUAGAUAAUACCUACUUCACGUCAUCGCUUCUGCUAAGUUCGAAUAAGUAUAAUCCAGAUAUUUUUGAAUAACACUUCUGUCUCUUUCUUUAACGUACAUGUAAGAAAUAUUACACAUAAGCAUGAUAAGUGUUGUAGGUUGCACUUGGUAGUCUACACUAAACCUAAAGGGGCUGUCACACUGAGACUCGGUUUCACAAAAAAGUUACAACUGUCGUAACUUUGCCAUUAAGCCAGGUACCAUGGUAACAGAGCUCAUCAGCCAAUCACAAUCAGGUUUUCCAUGAUGGUUACAAUAAUGGCCAACAACUUACAGCAGUUGUAAAUCUUUGUUAAACAGGCCCCAGGGGAGCGUUUUUGUCUGACAAGUUGUCAGAUCUGUUGGGGCCUGUUGCAGAAAGAGUUGCGUUUAAUCGCAAGUCAAAUAUCAAGCACAUUCCCGAAUACGGGUGCUUGUCCGAAAAUCAAAGUCGCGUAAGAUUUGUUUUGAGUUGCGUCUGAUCGCAACCCUUCUUGCAACGGGCCUCCGACAAUUUUUUCCUGAGAUCGAUUGGCUAUCCUUUAAUAUAGUAAAGGACUUUCUGUCGGAUAAAACGUCCUACAAGCCCUUUUAUGAAACACUCUCCAAAACUAUUUGGAUAUCAAGACAUUCAUUGGUUAAGAAGAGCUGCAUUAUCCAAGUAAAGAAGAAGAAAAGAUUAAAUGACAAAUCGGCUUGUCAGAGUAUAUAUCUCAGCAUUCGCUGCUUAUUUCAUUUAGGAUUGGCAGACCCUUUACCGCUGCCAAAUAUUUUGCAAAACAGGGUAUACAACCAAAAUGCCUCAUGUUUUAUGUGUUUAAAUAUUUCUUUUGACUUAUAAUAACGAUCAUACACUGUAUAAGAUGUAUUCCAAGAAUUUUGGCAAACAUGUUAAGCAAAAUGAUCACACUGGUGACACGUGGAAACAACUUCACGAAACAAGAGGGGCCAAGGAACGAAUUUGAAACUGUUUGGGACUAUUGAAGCAUACGAAAAAUCACAAUUUCAUGAUACAUUUCAUUUUCCUUUUUUGUGCUUGGUUUUUGAAAAAUAGGGGCUGUUCCGCCGCCCCCAAGAGAGCCAUGCAUCACAAGCAUGAAGAAAUAAUAUCAACUUUGCAUUUCCUACUAAUCGAAAACACUAUGAAUCCACGACAAAAGUGCUGAAUAUGAUGGCUAGCAAAAACAAAGUAAUUUUUUUUAUCAUGUUUAUUGCAACGUGAUACGCAAAUGAUUAAUGGUGCCAAAUUAGUCUGUAAUGUAUUUGUCUACCGUCAUGCUUUACCAUUGUUUUUUUUUCGUCAUCGGACGCGGCGUGUUUACCACUAGUUUGACAUGGUACAGGAACUCUAAAAUCAAUUUUAACUGAUAUUUCAAACCGUGUUUUUAAUGAAAUCUCCCAUGUAUUUUUAAUAUCGUAAUGGAUGUUUAUGGUCGAUGGUAUUACGACUAGGAAGUGAAUUUGUAAAUACUGCAGUGAUACCAUACGUUUUAUUUUUUAAAUCCAAUUUCUCUUUUAGAACUUGCAGUGAAAUUUACACGGAAACACAUUUGUUUGAAACUAAGACAUUUUGCAUUGAAACUGACAAUCGCAACAAAAUUUACCUUUAAUGAAAUGAUGAUGAAGGUGAUGAAAAAUAAAGGAGUUUGUUUUUCUUUUCAUUUUCUA